CACACAGUCCUCACUUCCCUAGACCAGAGACUGCAAUUUUCCUCCUCUUCUCGGUGGCUCACACUUCCUGUGUGUUGAGAGAAGAGCAUAAAAUCAAAACAAAACCCUAGAAUCUCUACAUGCAUUGUUAACACGAGGGUUUUUAAGCCCUCAAAUUCGCUUGUAAAACCUCAAAUUUUUUUUCGAUAAGGGUUCGUGGGUUCCUCUCCUUUGGGAAUUACAUUCUAUUCUAGUCACUAUUUGAAUUAAAUGGGGGAGUCAGUGGAUGCCAUGGAAGAAGACAUAGGCACGAGUAGUAAGGGUGAGAAGCUCCCAAAUGGACUUGAUAUGGAGAUAGAUUUUGACGACGAUGAUGAUGAUGAUGAUGAUGAUGUUGACUUUAUGGACUUAACCACUAGCUUACGCGAUUUGGGUGAAGGUUUUCUAAAAGAUUUCUGUAAAAAGGCUGCGACCUUGUUCUUCAAUGAGUAUGGUCUUAUUAGUCACCAGAUUAACUCCUACAAUGACUUCAUCCACAAUGGUCUUCAGAAGGCCUUUGAUUCUUUUGGUGAGCUGAUCGUUGAGCCUGGAUAUGACCCAUCAAAGAAGGGAGAGAAUGAAUGGCGAUAUGCUUCAGUUAGGUUCGGGAAGGUCAGCCUUGAUAAACCAAGCUUUUGGGCUGGUUCGGAUGGUAUUGAACACAAUAUGCUCCCCAGGCAUGCGAGACUUCAGAAUAUGACGUAUUCAUCCAGGAUGAAAGUGAAUGUUUCUGUAGAGGUGUACACUCAGAAAGUUGUUAGAAGUGAUAAGUUUAAAACUGGGAAAGAUCAAUUUGUUGACAAGGUAGUUCUAAGCACUGAUAACAGAGAUAUCAUAAUUGGAAGGAUGCCUGUAAUGGUGAAGUCUGACCUUUGCUGGAUGAAAACAGUUGAAAAAGGUGAUUGUGAUUUUGAUCAUGGAGGUUAUUUUUUGAUCAAGGGUGCAGAGAAGGUUUUUAUUGCACAAGAACAAAUUUGUUUAAAGAGACUUUGGAUCUCAAAUGCUCAGGGCUGGACAGUUGCAUAUAAGUCUGAAAUUAAAAGGAAUAGAUUAAUUGUUAGAUUAGUGGGGCUCUCUAAAGAUGACAGCAUUAAAGGAGAAAAGAAAGGACUUAUUGUAUAUUUCAUGUCAACAGAGAUCCCUUUAUGGAUAUUGUUUUUUGCCCUUGGAAUCAGGUCAGACAAAGAAGUUGUAGAUCUGAUUGAUUAUAAUACAGAGAAUGCCAGCAUUAUGAAUAUAUUUUUCGCUUCAAUUCAUGAUUCUGAUGAGAAAUGUGAGUGGUUUCGUAGUGAGAGAACUGCUCUGAAUUAUGUUAUUAAGCAAAUACAAGGAACCAGAUUUCCACCAGAGGAAACUGAAGAUUUCGUUAGUUUGUAUUUGUUUCCCAGUCUCCAUAGCCCUAGGCAAAAGGCCCGAUUUCUAGGUUAUAUGGUAAAGUGCCUUUUACAGGCAUAUAGUGGCCAAAGAAAAUGUGAUAACAGGGAUAGUUUUAGAAACAAGAGAUUUGAGUUGGCUGCUGAGUUGCUUGAGCGAGAGUUAAAAGUACACAUUGCACAUGCACGGAGGCGCAUGGCCAAGGCUUUGCAGAAAGACCUCUAUGGAGAUCGUGAUGUGCGCCCAAUUGAACAUUAUUUGGAUGCUUCUAUAAUCACGAAUGGUCUAUCGAGAGCAUUCUCAACUGGGGCAUGGUCACAUCCAUUCAAGAGGAUGGAAAGGAUAUCUGGUGUAGUGGCAAAUCUGGGGCGUGCAAAUCCAUUACAAACAAUGGUCGAUUUGCGGAAAACACGACAGCAGGUUCAGUACACAGGGAAGGUUGGAGAUGCUAGAUACCCGCACCCUUCUCACUGGGGUAGGGUUUGCUUUCUUUCUACUCCGGAUGGUGAAAACUGUGGACUUGUAAAGAAUUUGGCUGCCACUGGACUUGUUAGCACAAACAUAUCAGAACCUCUAGUUGACAAAUUGUUUGAUUGUGGAAUGGAGAAACUUGUUGAUGAUACCCAUACUAAACUGGACAGGAAGUUUAGAGUAUUUCUGAAUGGGGAAUGGGUUGGAGUUUGUGAAGAUUCUCAUUUAUUUGUUUCUGAGCUUAGACAUUUACGGCAGAGGAAGAGGUUGCCUCAACAGGUGGAAAUCAAAAGAGAUGAACAGCAAAGAGAAGUGCGCAUAUAUUCUGAUGCUGGAAGGAUUUUACGUCCCCUUUUGGUUGUUAAGAAUUUAACUAAGAUAAAAGCAUUUAAAGGGGAAAAUUACACUUUCCAUUCUCUUCUCGACAAGGGGAUUGUUGAAUUUGUUGGAACAGAAGAGGAAGAGGAUUGCAGCACCGCCUGGGGAGUUAAAUUUCUUCUAGCGGGAGCUGAUGGAAAGAAAUCUCUGAAGUACACACACUGUGAACUUGACAUGUCCUUCUUAUUGGGUUUAAGUUGUGGGAUCAUUCCCUUUGCCAAUCAUGACCAUGCAAGAAGAGUUCUAUACCAGGCUCAAAAACAUUCUCAGCAGGCUAUAGGUUUUUCCACAACAAAUCCCAACAUCAGAGUGGAUACGCUGUCUCAUCAAUUGCACUAUCCCCAGAGGCCACUUUUUAGGACUGUGACUUCUGAUUGUCUUGGAAAAGCUGGAUACCAACGAGGUCAUAAUGGAAUGCUGCCAAAACCGGAGUUAUAUAAUGGUCAGAAUGCUAUUGUGGCAGUCAAUGUUCAUCUAGGUUACAAUCAAGAGGACUCCUUGGUAAUGAAUCGCUCUUCUUUAGAGCGUGGUAUGUUUCGAUCUGAACAUAUCAGAAGUUAUAAGGCUGAUGUUGAUAAUAAAGAACUAUUAGACAAGAGGCGAAAGUUUGAUGAUCCUGUGAAUUUUGGGAAGAUACAGAGUAAGUUUGGACGUGUUGACAGUCUUGAUGAUGAUGGUUUUCCUUUCAUUGGAGCUAAUCUACAAAGUGGUGAUAUUGUUAUUGGGAGGUGUUCUGAAUCUGGGGUUGAUCAUAGUAUGAAAUUAAAGCACACUGAGAGGGGCAUGGUCCAGAAAGUUGUAUUGUCUUCUAAUGAUGAGGGGAAGAAUUUUGCUGUGGUGUCUCUGAGACAGGUUCGUUCUCCAUGUCUUGGAGACAAGUUCUCUAGCAUGCAUGGACAAAAAGGUGUUCUGGGCUUUUUGGAGUCUCAAGAGAACUUCCCCUUCACCAUACAGGGAAUAGUUCCUGAUAUUGUUAUAAACCCACAUGCAUUUCCUUCACGACAAACUCCUGGUCAACUCUUAGAGGCUGCUUUGGGAAAGGGAAUUGCCUGUGGUGGAUCAUUGAGAUAUGCCACCCCUUUCUCCACGCUGUCUGUUGAAGCAAUCACAGACCAGCUUCACAGAGCUGGAUUUUCAAGAUGGGGAAAUGAGAGAGUUUACAACGGUCGAACUGGUGAAAUGGUUCGUUCUCUCAUUUUUAUGGGUCCAACUUUCUACCAGCGGUUGAUCCACAUGGCUGAAGACAAAGUAAAAUUUCGUAACACUGGGCCUGUGCACCCACUCACUAGACAGCCAGUUGCAGACCGAAAGCGUUUUGGUGGUAUCAAGUUUGGUGAGAUGGAGCGGGACUGCCUUAUAGCUCAUGGUGCAUCUGCGAACCUGCAUGAGCGUCUUUUUACUCUCAGUGAUUCUUCACAGAUGCAUAUUUGCCAGAAAUGCAAAAAUGUGGCAAAUGUGAUUCAACGGGGAGUGCCUGGUGGCCGCAAGAUUAGGGGUCCCUACUGCCGAGUUUGUGAGUCUGUUGAUGAUAUAGUCAGGGUUAAUGUACCUUAUGGGGCCAAGUUAUUGUGCCAGGAGCUCUUCAGCAUGGGCAUAAAUUUGAAGUUUGAAACUCGGCUAUGUUGAUCUUGUGCUAAGUUUUUUUGAUGAUUGUUUUCGGCCUUGUGCAACUUUCUUAGUACAUGUUUUAUUUGGUAUACUCUCGUGACUAUGUUGCCUGUACUGUACAGUGUUAUGAUCAGUAGUUUCAAGUCACAAUGUUUUUUUGAAUUA